UUGUGUGAGUUUCCCACUUGAUUUCUUAAAAAAUCUGGAUUAAAAACCAGAAAAUGAUUAACACUCAAUAAUUUAUCAGUCAUUAAAUCACUAAAUACAAGUGCGCUGUGUUGAACUUGUAACCAUUCCUUUUUAACCCGGGAAACAAUAAGGCUCGUUGGUAUGCCCGGAGGAUGUCGACGUCUCGUUCGCGGGACUCAUCCCGUAUCCAAGUCCUAGCUCCUAUGUCCGAGAGACAACAGCUAGCACUCGUGAUGCAGAUAUCAUCCCGAGAAGCCCAACCAGCCGCUCCAGUCCCGCCCAGCCCCCCUCCAGUGAAGAAACGUUCCAAACAUCAUCGUAGUGAGCGGUCUGGGUCAUCACAUCACUCAUCAAGAAGUCAUGGUCACAGUAAGAAACACGGACAUCAUGGGCGCUCUCAUGGAGAUAGCGCGAGAUCAUCACAUUCAAGUCGAUCAAGGGAUGACAGUGGCAAGAAAGGUGGCAAUGCAAGUUCACACAGUGACAGCUCAAGCAAACGCAGCAACAUGGACGGCCUAGCCCAGGGCGAACACUUCGAUAGUAAGGAGAAUUCUUCACAGGACAAGAGUAGUGCUGACAGUAGAGAUGGUAAAAAUUCGGGAGGAGCCCAACUUAGUAGUGGAGUUGUGUCCUCUACUCAAGAUGAGUCCAGUGGGUCUUCUAAGAAAACGUACGGCGACGAGAGUCAAGAGGCGGAAGCAGCGGAAGAUGAGGUCUCCAAGAGGAAGAAGAGGAAAGAAAACGACGACAAGGAACCCAUGGCAAAGCCGGCUCCGGUAGCUCGAGGCGGCCCUGGACGGGUUCUCACCGGCUCCAAACCACCGGGCCCGGCGAGCAAAACCGGCGUGUCACAGCUAGGCAAGGGCAGCUCUUCGCAAAGCUCGAGCAAGGGCAGCUCCAGCUCCAAAGGUCUGCAAUCCCAGGGCAAAGGCGGCGGCAAGGUCAGCACACAGGGCACUCAUCAGGGUAAAUCCUCUGGGUCGAAGAGCUCGGGACAGUCGAGCAAGCAAGACAGGAAGAGCCCCGUGGCGAGCCCGAAGCCGCACGGGAAAGACAACACGGACGACGGGGACGAGCCGAAGAGCGAGACCGCCGCGCCCAAGGUGCCGCCGCUCAAGAUCGUCAUCCCGGGAGGGGCCAGUAACUCAGGAAACAGGAAUGAGCAAGAAGGUGAUGGGGGUUCCGGCCAGCGCGGCGGCGGCAAGGGGCGCGGGAGCGUGUCCACCCUGCCCUACGUCAUCCCUUGCACCAGCGCCGACGCCGGCCAGACCUCCGACAGCUCCGAUGGAAUCUGCGAGGAAAAGCGCUCGGGCGAAGGCGGAAAGGCUGGACAAAGGGUACUGCGUUCGCAUAGGACAAACGAUGGUGAUAAGGACAAGGAGAGAGCGUCCCCGCACACGGGCUCUGACGGCCGGGGGGGACAGAGUCACUCGGCUUUGAAUUCCAAUAAAAGUCCCACACCAUCCGGCUCUGGGCAGGAUGCAGACCACUCGACGGGCGGCGGGAGAUCUGAGUCAAAUACAUCGGUAGAACUACACCCGAGGAAGAGGAAGAUCAAAGCCUCUAAGGACAGCCACUCGCGGGACAAUUCGAAGAACGACGCGUCCGAGAGCAGCUCUGCUAGUCACAACAUAACCCAUUCGAACCCUUAUCAAAUGUAUCUGCAUAUUCGUAAACAGAUUGAUAAGCGUCAAAAGGGGUUAUUCCCUGUGAAGCCGAAGCCGCCAAAGGAUUUCAACAAAUACCUGAUGAAUCGCUGCACUUACACGCUCCAAAGCAAUGUGAAUCCUGAGCCUCAGAUCGAGAUACCAAUCAACCUCCCAUCUCAGAUGGUCAACGAAUUUACGACCCAGGAAAAAGAAAGAACUCGACUGCGUAUACAACACCUGGUGGAGAAAGAAAAACUUGUGCUGGCUGUCGAACAAGAGAUUCUGAGGGUGCACGGGCGCGCCGAGCGUGCCGUUGCGAAUCAAGCUCUUCCUUUCUCCGUGUGCACAAUGCUGCGUGACAACGAGGUGUACAACGUGUUGGCCCCCGAGCAGGAGGAGAAACGGAACGCGCAACGAUCCCGCUGCAACGGCAGACAGAUCAACUCCUGGCUGCAGGAAGUCGACGACAAGUGGGAAAAGAUUAAAGUCGGCAUGCUUCGACGCCAGCACACGGAAGCAGAGACUCUGCACGCAGUCCAGAUGAUGGGAUGGGAGUGGAAGCUCAAGGAACUGGGCAUAUGCGACUACAAGACAACGCCCAAGAUAGACCCGACGCAUGUGCCUCAAAUUCAUGUGUCGAAUUUUGAUUUGCCCGCUUGAAUUUUAUGUACAUGUUGCCUAAGUUUAUGUAAAGUUUUCACGUAUAUCGUGAAAACAUAUAAUUAGGAUUGUUUAAUCAUUUUUCUCGUCUAGGGUCGAUUAUAUUAAACUGACAGCUUUAUUACAGUAAACCUCUGGUUUAUCUAAACAUGGACACGUUAUUUGCCGUCCAUUCGCAAUCGGAUGUUUUGUGUAAUAGUCAGUUAAAAAUAUUUUACUCAAGUAGUAGAAGAGAAAAUGAUUUUAAACAGUCCUGUAAUGUUAGAAUUUUAUUUUAUUUUGUUAUCUUAAAAAUGUAUAACAUCGAUUGGAUUUGCCACUCAAGCGGAGCUACAAAAUUGGAUUAUCUUUCAAUUUUCGGCUGUUGCCGAGCCUUCUCCCACGCUCCUUUUUUGGUAAUGAAUGAUUCGCUCACUUCAAAUACGAUGUUCUUUACCAUCGUCUUUUCCUCCACCUUAAGAUUUUACCAAGAUACACAUGCGCAUCAUGCGUUGUUAAAAAGUAAUAAUUGGCGUCCAGCACUCGUUACGGUACGAAUUCAGUAGGAGUAGAUUGGUAUUGUAAUAUCAUAUUUGGUCCACAAUUCAACUCGUGGAGGACAAAACCUAUUGACGUUAAAAUCAGUGGAGAAGAAGCAGUGUUUAAUUUGUUUUUAACACAGGAGAUAAGGAUGACAAAUAUCUCAAAAUCAAGAAUCAUUCAUUCUCGAAAGAUGGUUUCUUUUUAUUUUUAUUAUUAUGAGUUGGUAAUUAAUAAUGUUAUAUGUCCUGUCCGACUAUUGGACUAUCAUGAAGGACAACUUUAUUUGACCCUGAGAUAUUUUUUCAUACUUAGGGCUGAUUUUUCAAUCAUCGGAUAACUUUUAACUGAAGAAUAAGUUUGGCACAUGGACAGUUUCAGUAUGGAAAAUAUGUCAAAAUGACAAGUUUAUUCUUCAGUUAAAAGUUAUCUGACGAUUGAAAAAUCGGCCCUUAUUGUAAUUAAUUUUAAUUAUGAUGUUGACAUUCUUCUAAAUGUAAUUAUUAUCGAUUUAUUGACAUUGACAUUUUAUCAUGGAGUAUUUCAAAAUGACUUGAUUUAUUUUCUAUUUUGUAAUAAUAUUGGUUAAAAUGUGAUGUAAACUAUAUACAUUUUAUAAAAUUUUAUCUUCGAAAAGGUCCAACUCAUAAUCAAUUGGGACUAAAUGAGUAUCUUUGUUUCAUUACGAUUUUUUCAGUCUAUAACACACCAUGGGGUACAUUGAUUUCAGCAUUGAGCUUUCGGUGGGGUAAAAUGUGCAUUAUAAUGAAACUACUGAUAUCCAUCUAGUCCUAAUCGUUUUUGGGUUCUUCUCUUUUCUAUAUAAAAAUUAAAGUAGACUAUAAUGAGAAAACAGGGAUUUAAACAUAAGGAUAGCGAGCAUUAUGAUGGAAUCAGACAGGGUUUAUGUACUUUGUCUGCUCGGAGCGCUGAUGGUAUAAGCUUAUUGUAGUCUUUUUCAAUUGUAAUUGCUAUUUUCAACUAAUGUUUCCAUUUCUUUACAUUUCCUAAAUAACAUCAGUGUACGUCGUAAUUUCACUCGUGUGGAAUAAUGAUGUAUACUCACAAUCCUUGAAAAUUUAUUUUGAAGUAAAUAUUAAUGUUAAAAUCAAAUGUUUAAUUCGUUUCAUAAUUAUUAUGAAUUAUGUUUUGUGUAUUGUUUUUUGUUGUUAAUUACACUUUUCUUAAUAAUAUUAUUUUAAGUUGUAUUGAGAACUUCACUACAUACACAUCACGUAGAUUAAGUAUUUCAUUGAAAAAUAAGUCGAGACUAUGUAAAUAAUAAUAAUUAUUGUUUCCGUGCAAAAUAUUAAUUUGAAUCAAGAUAUUUUUAAAGUAUGAUUUUGUAACUGGUGUACGUUAAGUAGGUAUGCUUAUCAUUGCACAUCUUUUGAAAUUUAACAUUUCAAAGGAAAACUCCAGAUUCCUUAUAAUGAAAUAAUUAUUACUAUUUUGUUACUUAAUGCAAUCUUUUUUUUCUUUUGUACUAAUUAAGUGAGCAUUUAUGAAAGUAUUGUGUAAAUUAUAUUUAUGUAUUUUAUUUUGUAAGAUAAUCAGUUUGUCAUCAGACUAUUGACUAUUUCUGUGAUGUUAACUUGGUUUAUUUCAUUUUUAUGCAAAGUAAUAAAUGUACUAAUAUCUUGACGUGAAAAGAAUCUGCAGUAAUCCACAGUCAUAGGUAAUGUAAUUUUACUUGACUUGAAUAUUGUACCUUCAGUUAGUACUAAGUGAUCAUUUCUUUAUAGAGCCAAAAUAAAGAUCUCAAUUAAUAUGGAAA